GCCAGGUUCCAUUCCACGCUCUAAAAAAUAUCAAAUUCUAUCUUUCUCCCAGAUAUCGAGCUGACCGGAUGGCGGGCGCGUUAGUGGAUGCACUACUUGGUUCCACUACAGAAGUUCUAGUGGAGAAGGCAAUAAACUUGGCUUCCGAACAAAUUCGCCAGUUCGUUGACUUCAAGAAAGAUUUGGAGAAACUGAAGAAUACGUUGAAACUAAUCCAGGCUGUCCUCUGUGACGCAGAGAAAGAGCAGGUGACUAAAGAGCUCGUGAAGCGAUGGCUGGAGAACCUUGAACGUGUGGCUUUCGAUGCUGGUAAUCUCUUGGAUGACAUCAACUAUGAGAUGAUCCGGCGCAAAGUUGAGAUCCAAAACCAAAUGAAGAGGAAGUCACAGACUGCACCUGCUCUUCCUCUUCCUAGUGAAGCAGGAUUUAUGGAGAACAGACAGACUGUCUCUGCUGCUGUUGGUGCGAGUUUUAUUGGAAGAGAUGAUGAUGUUUCAGCAAUAGUAACAAAGCUAACUGCCACAAGUAACAAUGAAACUAUCUCCGUUAUUCCUAUAGUGGGGAUGGGCGGGAUCGGGAAGACCACCGUGGCUCAAAAAGUUUUCAAUAGUCUAGAUAUUGAAAACCAUUUUGACAAGAGAAUGUGGGUGUGCGUGUCUGAUUUUAAAAAAGAUUUCGAUGCCAACAGGCUUUUUGGUUUGAUGCUAGAAUCAUUGGAAGUCCCCAUGCCCGAAGUUGCGAGAAAGGAAGCCAAAGUCAGGAAGCUUAAGGAAUCAUUAGAUGGUAAAGAACCGAAUGGUAAAAAGCCGCUAAAGUAUCUACUGGUCCUCGAUGAUGUAUGGAAUGAGGAGCCCGCACCAUGGAAUAGGUUUCUGGAUUCUUUGCGAGGUAUUAGCUCAGCCAAGGGAAGCUGGGUUAUUGUGACCACGCGUAACAAACGAGUGGCAAACAUCACAGCAUUUGCUUCUCGUCCUUGUUCCUUAGAGAAAUUAUCAGAUGAUGACUGUUGGCUCAUCAUUAGUAAAAAUGCAUUUCGUGACAGGGAAGCACCGGGUGAUCUAAAAGAGUUAGGAUUAGAGCUUGCAAAGAAAUGCCAAGGCUUGCCAUUAGCUGCAAGUGUUCUUGGCGGUAUGUUGCGCAACAAGGAAAGAAAUGAAUGGCAGUCAAUUUUAGAUACUGGGCUUCAAAAUAUAGGUGGAGACGAAGAUGGUGACAUCACUAAAAUUUUGAAGUUGAGCUUUGACCAUCUUCCGUCUCUAUCUCUUAAAAAGUGUUUUGCAUAUUGUUCAAUUUUUCCCCAAGAUUUUCAAAUGGAAAGGAAUCAGCUAAUCCAACUGUGGGCUGCAGAAGGAUUUCUUCAUUCAAAGCCAAGGAAAGAGAUGUGUAUGGAGGAAGUUGGUAAUUGGUACUUUACCAUUUUGUUGGAGAGUAACUUGUUUCAAGAUGCAGAGAAGGAUGAUUAUGGGAAUGUUUUGAAUUGCAAAAUGCAUGAUCUUGUGCAUGAUAUGGUGCAAUCCAUUUCCAAUUCCAAAACUUUAAGGUUGACAGAGUCUGGUAGUGUUGAUAUGGAAACGUCUUCUAUUCGGUAUCUUGCACUGGAGAGAAGUGAAAAAGAAAUGCCAUUUCCUUCCACUGAAAGUUUCAAGCAUAUUACGACAUUGUUUUUGCAAGGAAACAAAUCACUUAAUGACAGGGAGAUGUCAUUUUUUAUGUUGCGAGUUUUGAACUGAAGGGCAUCGAGCGUCGAAGAGCUUCCUAAAUCAAUUGGCAAGCUAACUCAUUUGCGAUAUCUUGAUUCGUCAGAAACUUCAAUCAAAACAUUUCCAGAGUCUCUAUGUCAGCUUUACAAUUUGCAGACAUUAAGAGUUAAAUAUUGUGACUCACUGACAAAGUUUCCUAAGAAUUUCAAGAAUUUGGUGAAUUUGAGGCACUUUGACUUUUUCUCUUCUCAUAAAUCAAGUGAUAUCAUGCCUUUUGAGAUUGGACAGUUGCAAUUUCUCCAAACUUUGCCAUUUUUCAAUAUUGGUGAAGAAAGAGGUCGACAAAUUGGAGAAUUGAGGAAUUUGAAGAAUCUUAGUGGACAACUUGAGUUACGUAACCUUGAAUUAGUGAAAAGCAAGGAAGAAGCCGUGUCCGCAAAUCUGAUUGGAAAGCCAAACAUUGAUGAGUUAAAAUUACUGUGGAAUGAAAUAGAUAAUUCAAGAAAUAAUAAGUUUGUUUGGAUUGUGAAUUAUUAGAGAUAU